AUGGACUAUAAGAAAAUUGCGGAUGAAGUUUCAGAGAAAAUUUUAUCGUACAGUCAAGAUACUUCAGGAUGGAGAGUGAUAAAAGUUUCAAAAAAUGUUACCGUUUCUUCAAAGCCUUCAAAAGAGUACGCAGGAAAUAUAUACCGUGGAGAAGGGAUAAUUAAGGAAGUCCCUAGUAAAAUUAUUCCUUUUAUGUAUCUUCCUGAAUAUCGAAACAAAUGGGACAAAGCAUUACAGUCUUACAAGCUGUUAGAAAGGAUUGACCAGGACACUGGUAUAUACCACAGUGUAACCCACAGUUAUGGUAUGGGACUGAUUUCAUCAAGAGAUUUUGUUGACCUGCUGUACGUUAAACCGUACCCCGGUGGGAUCCUUACGACUAACUCUGUCAGUGUGGAAUAUUCCAGUUGCCCUCCAACUCCCUCUUGUGUCCGAGGCUACAACAAUCCCUGUGGAUACGUCUGUUCCCCUCUGCCUGAGAACCCAGAGCACUCGAAGCUAGUCGUAUUUAUUCAGCCACAACUAGGAGGAAUGCUUCCGGGCUCUGUAGUGGAGACAGCUUUACCUACUACUCUCAUAAACUUAAUCACAGAAACGAGAGCUGGACUGAAAGACUUGAAAACCCAUAAUUAAACGUAAGUGGAAAAUAACAACCUCUUAAGUCACACGUAUCUCUUACAUGGAUUCAUUUUUAAAAGCAGUAGACGAUGACGUUUAUUUUAAUUGUGGUUUAGGUGGAAAUAUAUAAAACUUCACUGUUGAAACGGUGAAUGCUGCUUUUUUUCUGUUCUUGGGAAUGAUGCAAGAGUUUACACUGAAGGGCCUUCAAAGUACAGGAUGUCGCUUUCACUGUAAUCAGGUCAUGGGUUUUGUACUAUUUUUGCACUUUAUCUGCAGAGAAUAUAUAUACACACACACAGACAUAAGAAUGUGGUGAUGGAGAUGAGAGCAGUGUUAAAACACGGCAGCAGUCACAUUUUGCCACGGCUUUUCAACACACUUGGAUAAAUCCUUACCUCAAUUAUGUACUCUUGACUCUUGUGUACUAGAGACUUUAAACAUGUUUAUUAAGUGUGCAAGUGUAAUUAGCACCCAUUUCACUGCUUUGGAAUUAAAUAUUUGCAGAAGAGCCUGAUGAAUCUGUAUAUAGCAUCUCAUUAAAAGCUGCUCUUUGUACACAGAGUGGUUUGUCGUUUUCUGAAUCCUGAGCACCAAACCUAAACAUUUUUUUUUUUUUUUUUAAUACGCUGACUAAUUUCCAGGAACAAGCUGGUGAUAUGAUUCAUUUGGAAGUAAUGUUUCCCGUUACCCCUUAGUAUUUCUACUACCUCUAGUUAAGGAGUUAACUGCAGGAAAUAGCGAUAGCUGUGUGACUAGGAAUUUCCAUUACAAACCACGCAAAUAGUAGUGCAAAUUAAAGAAGAGCCUGGAAACUGCUUUCACCUUCUUUGCUCGAGCCCCUCUCAAGUUGUUAGAAACAAUUAACUGCAUCUAGAGUAUAACUCAAGGAAAAUUAAAGUAAAAAUUUCUUCCCCCCAGUCAACAUGUUAAGGUAUUAAUAGUGAAUACUAAAAUAAGUUUGCAUACUAUUAUAUUUUUAGGACAACUAAAGAUUCAUCAGAUAAAUGUCAAUUUAUAAGAAAUAAAAAGAAGAGGGACUAAUUACUAGUUAAACAGUCAUCAGCAGGUUUUAUGUCAAAAGUUAUCAAAAUACAUGUUUAAUAUUCACACCUUUACAAUUUUUAAUAAACUUUUCAGAACUAAAGUGCCUUCGAGCGCAGAUUCUUAGUGUUGCUCC